CAAAAAAAAAAAAAAAAAGGUUAGUAACAAAUCUGGAUCCCGAUCCGAACCGAUUACUAACGAAUGUGCCCCACUUCGCACUCUUAAAAAACCCUAGUCCCCCUAUUAUAUUUUUCCUCUUCUUCCCACGCUCUCCUCUGCUCGCUGCGGCUUCAAGAUCUGAGAUCAGAGCGUCCCUGUUUUCAAUCAAGCCAUGGCUCUGGUCUUGCAUGCAGGAAAAACAAACAAAAAUGCCUUCAAGGCACUCAUUACUGCAGAAUACAUUGGUGUGGAGGUCAAAUUGGUUGAGAACUUUGAGAUGGGUGUCUCGAAUAAAACUCCUGAGUUCCUCAAGAUGAACCCUCUUGGGAAGGUUCCUGUGUUGGAAACACCUGAUGGUCCUGUAUUUGAGAGCAAUGCAAUUGCUCGUUACGUUGCUCGCUCAAAGGCUGACAACCAUCUAUAUGGUUCUACAUUGAUUGAUUAUGGUCAUAUCGAACAGUGGAUUGAUUUUGCAUCCAUGGAAAUUGAUGCUAAUAUUGGAAAAUGGUUCUAUCCAAGAAGGGGUUUUGGUAAUUACCUUCCACCGACUGAGGAAGCUGCUAUUGCUGCAUUGAAGAGAGCCCUUGGCGCUUUAAAUGUUCACGUUACUUCCAACACUUAUCUGGUUGGACAUUCAGUCAGCCUUGCUGACAUUAUCAUGACAUGCAACCUUUACUUGGGUUUCUCCCAGAUCAUGACCAAGAGUUUUACCUCAGAGUUCCCUCAUGUUGAGAGGUACUUCUGGACCAUGGUAAAUCAACCAAAUUUCAAGAAGAUUCUUGGUGAAGUGAAGCAGGCAGAGUCUGUGCCACCUGUUCCGUCAAAGAAGCCUGUUGCCCAGCCAAAAGAAACUAAACCAAAGGCCAAGGAUGAACCAAAGAAAGAAGCCAAAAAGGUGGUUGAGAAACAGCCAGCAAAGGUAGAGGACGCUGAGGAGGAAGAGGCACCAAAGCCAAAACCAAAGAAUCCUCUUGAUUUGCUGCCUCCUAGUAAGAUGAUACUGGAUGAGUGGAAGAGGCUGUACUCUAACACAAAGACCAACUUCCGUGACGUUGCAAUUAAAGGAUUCUGGGACAUGUAUGACCCUGAGGGAUACUCACUCUGGUUCUGUGAAUACAAGUACAAUGAGGAGAAUACAGUCUCAUUUGUCACUAUGAACAAGGUAGGUGGAUUCCUUCAGAGAAUGGAUUUGGCACGCAAGUAUGCAUUUGGGAAGAUGUUGGUGAUUGGAGCUGAGCCCCCAUUCAAGGUCAAGGGAUUAUGGCUUUUCCGUGGGCAAGAGAUUCCUCAAUUCGUCAUUGAUGAGUGCUAUGACAUGGAACUCUAUGAGUGGAAGAAGGUUGACAUCUCAGACGAAGCCCAAAAAGAACGUGUCAAUCAGAUGAUUGAAGACUGUGAGCCUUUUGAGGGAGAGCCUCUCUUGGAUGCCAAGUGCUUUAAGUGAUAAAUUAAUCAUCUCUAGCCUCUUUUUACUGUUUCAGGUUCAGAUAGACUGUUCACUUGUAACUUUUGUUUACUUAUCUUAUUUUUGACUUCGAUUCAGAUUCAGAUAUCAUUACAACCAAGUUAUCUUGUCUUAUGUCUGAAUAUGGAUUCGGAAAGUGCUAUUUUUGUUUCACAACCAAGUUACUUGUUUUUUGUUGAAAAGGUUUGUGCUGUCUUUUCGUGA